AUGAUAAAGAGAGGUGGUUCAAAGCUUCCUUCGCAAAAGAAUGAAACUUCUCACUCAUAUUAUCGCGACGGCUUGACCGCAUUUAAAGAGAAUGAUUUCAAAAAAGCCCUUACACUUUUCAAUAAGGCAAUAACAUUGAAUCCAGGAAAUAUUCAAUUGCACGAUUGUCGCGCAGCAACAUGCGAAAAACUUGGUCAGCUGAAUGAGGCCCGACAAGAUGCUGAGACUAUGCUGAGAUUAGACAAGUCGUCAGCAAAGGGCUAUCUCCGUGCUGGUAAAUUGUAUCGGCUGUUGAAUCUGCAUGAUAAAGCGCGAGAGAUUUAUAAACUUGGAAUAACGAACGUUCCGGAAAAUGAUCCUCUUUAUGAGGCAUUAUGCAGACUUAAGGGUGAAGGGCACAAAAAACCGCAGAAGUCAAACCCUACCAAAAUUUAUGACCCACUAAUGUUUUUCCCGAAUGAGCUCAUCCAUGAAAUCUUCAUGAGUCUUCCUUUUGCGACUGUUUGUAAAGCAACCUUGGUCUCCAAACGUUGGCGCAAAUACAUCAUCUCGUCGGGAUUACUACAUCGUAGCCUUGAUUUCACCGUAAAACAAUCAGUUAAAAUCACGGACAAGAUUAUUCGAACUUAUAUCGACCGAGGAAAAUCAAAAAUUAAACAAGUGAUUUGUCCUUGUUCUCAAAAACUUACUGAUGCCACUCUAAAAUAUUUGAGAACUGUAUUUGGAAUUCGCCUUCAGAAAAUCGUAUUGACAUACAAUUCGUCAAUUACUAACGACGCCAUCGUUCCCCUUAUUCGCACAAUUGGCAGUCAUCUAAAACAUAUCAACCUUUCAGGUACAAAUAUUAUGAAUAAGGGAGUGGAAGUAAUACUGUCAAUUUGCUCUAGAUUAGAGAUUUUGGACCUGGAGCAUUGCAGCCGUAUUACAGCUCAAGCAUUCAAUCCAGAGAAGAUACAAUGUCGAGCUUCUGGAAUUCGCGAAAUUAAUUUGAACUAUUCCCCUAUGACCGAAAUCGCGAUAUCUUUUAUGGUGACAUUGUUUCCAAAGCUCACGUGUCUCGGCAUUCGUCAAAUCAUUGGGUUAUCGACAGAGACGUUAAAAGAAUUCCCCAAUUUUCCGGAUCUAAAUUCUCUUUCCUUGGAGGGAUGUAUUUUUAGUGGGGAACUACAGUCCAUGGAUAGGGCCUUCGUUUCACUCGCCAGUUCCUGUCUGCCACUCCGUGAAUUUUCAUUUGAGCAGUGUCCUUCGUUGACGGAUAACUGUGUUCGAUGCCUAGUGACGUCUUUCAAUCUGGAAGUACUGGAACUUAACGGCAAUAAUCUCUUAACUGAUGAGACGAUGUAUAAUAUCGGUGUAUACUGUAGUCGGUUAAAGGUAUUGCGUAUCGGAAAAUCUCCUGGAAUAACCGACCACGGAGUUUUAUCGUUAUUCAACAACUCUAGUGGGGAACAUCCGUUAGAAAUAAUUGAUCUCCGGCAAAAUUCAAAUAUUUCGAAUGUUUCCUUGGAAAAAAUUGCCGACCACUGCUGUAAUCUAAGGGAGAUUAAUGUUCAAUGGUGCAGUGAAAUAACCGGGAGUGGCGUCGCUUAUUUGGUUAAGAAGUGUAAGAGAACGUUAAAAAAUCUUUACAUGGAAGAAUGCUCCAAGGUGUCGCUUGAUGCGGCCAACUUUGCUCAAGAGAUGAUUGGGCUUCACGGCGGAAGGCAAAAAGACGAACUCGUGGUGAAGAAGUCCGAUAAAAGAAAGAAAGAUUUGAUAUCGAAGAAUAAGAAAAAUGUCCCACCAGCGAAG